AUGACUUCCCUGGGCUCCCAGCUCCUCAGAGCAGCAUUACUGGCAGCCAUCCUACUUCUGCUGUGGAUGAAGGGGGUGAAGCCUCAGAGAGGGAGCCCAGGCCCCAGUGAGAGGAGUCAGAAAGAACAAAUGCCCUCUACAGACCAAAAUCAAGAGCAGUUCGAAGAGUACUUUGUGGCCUCCUCAGUGGGUGAGAUGUGGCAGGAGGUGAACAUGGCCCAACAAGAGGAUGACAAGACAUCGGAGAUGGAGAACACAGCUGUUCGUGACCACCUAUUCGACCUAGCCUUGUGCUUUAAUGUGGCCAGUGUUUUGGUUUUUUUAUAAGAGACAUUGAAGAUGAGGUGGCAGCCUUUUUCCUGGAUGAGGACCUAGAUAUCUACCUCGGCUUCAUGAUAGCUUACUGACCCUUUCUCCCCUGGGCUUUAGGUCACUACUCCCAGGGAGACGUAUACACAGUGUCCUGCCCCUUGUCUGUCCCUGCUCUGAGCUCCAUCCCUCAGGGCCCAAUACACCAGACCCAUACUCUUCUCUCUUCCACAUCCCUACUGGCUUUGUUCAGCACAGCAGAUUAGGGGGAGGAGAUAGCUACAAUAAAAGUAAUAGCAAUAAAAUCCUGAAACAAUUGGGGGCCAGAUUCCUGAGACUUAACCAAAGCCCUCCUAUCUCGAACUAGUCUGUUUAAUCACCCAACAUCUGACCUUUAGCCCUACCAGUUCACCAAUCAU